AUGACUGACCAUGGUCGUACUAUAUCACUCGCAGGGUAUGGCGGUACCAGAUCCCCGACACUUCGUCCUCGGCACAGACGAGUGCCUGCAGCGCUGCGGCCUCACUCGCGGCACCCAGCCGAUGGCCAGCAGGAGCCGCGCGUCCCGGGGAACGCGUUCCCCUCCGGUGUGAGCGCGGCCGCCUCCUCGGCGUCGUACAGCGGCAGCAUCAUGCAGACCUCCGCGGACCUCGUCGCGGCGAUUGAGAACCCCGUUGCACCGUCAGGCGAGCGCGGCGGCACGACGCAGCCCGUGACGAUCGCCCUCGUCGUCGUCGUCAGCAUCAUGGGCGUCGACAAGAUUUUUGCUAUCUCCUGA